UCCAAAACGUCGAGGAGUGAUGUCUCUUAAACAUAUGAUGGAAGUUUCCCUGGAAGACAUUAACUAUCUUUCAUGUGAACGUGACCUGAAUGCCAGCAUUGAACAUUCCUCGUCUCUUCUGCUGCCCCAUUCUGAGAGUCGAGAAGUGAGAACAGAUAAACAUACACUUCUCCGUCAGCAUCCUGAUGCUCCACGCUCAAAACUGCCUGUUCUAAAGUCAAAGUGUGUUCCUGUGAAGCCUGUCAACCAGCAGAGUUUCACAGAUGAACCCUCAGAAUGGCUGGGCGUGGGGUCGAAUCAUAUGAAGAAAGGUACAGUGAAAAAUAUCAACCCUUCAUGUGAGUCUGACCUUACUGUCAGUGUUGCCCCUUGCUCAUUUUUGUUGCCCUUUCAGGCAGCCAACCAGUGAGGAUGGACAAGCGUACACCUGUCCGCAAGCAUUCUGUUGCUGGACGCUCAAAACUGCCAGUUCUGAAGUCAAAGUGUGCUCCUGUGAAGCCUGUCAGUGGAGAGAAAUUCAAUGAUAGACCUCCAGAGCAUCAGAUGAAAGUGUCACUGAAAGACUUCAGCUAUCUGUGUAAGUCUGAUCUGAAUGCCAGCGUUUGCUGUUCCUCAUCUCUUCUGCCUCCUUCUGGGAGCAGACCAGUGAGGAUGGAUAAACGUAGGCUUUUCCAGCAGCAUCCUGAUGCUCCACGCUCAAAACUGCCCAUUCUGAAGCCAAACCAUGUUCCUGUGAAGCCUGUCAACCAGCAGUGCUUCACAGAUGAACCCUCAGAAUGGCUGGGCAUGGGGUCUUGUGAGAAUCAGGUGAAAGUUUCACUGAAAGAUCCUCCAUAUGAGUCUGACCUGAAUGUCAGUGUUGAGUGUUCAUCAUCCUAUCUGGCAGUAAGAGUAGGCAAAUCCCAGCAUCCUGCAGCUGUUUCCAAACACUUGCCUGUUUUGAGGCCACGCUGUGCUCCUGUCAAGCUUUUGGGUGGACAGAAGUUCAUUGUCGAAGCACCAGAACAUCAAACGUCGAGGUUUCCUCCUUUAGUGAAUAAGGCAGAGAGGACUGGCACUGACCCUUCAUGUGGGUCUGAUUGGAAAGUUAAGUCUCACCUUUCCUUACCCAGCCUGCCACGUCUUACAAGUGGAGUGAAGAUGGGAAAACAUGUGCCUCUGCAUGUUCCCGUGUUUACAAAAUUGCCUGCUCUGAAAGCAGCUCAUGUUCCUGAGCAACCUGCUCUUCCUUCAAACUUCAUGUUUUUUCCAUUUGAUGUUGAGGAUGUCAAGAUGAAGAGGGCUCGGUCAGUAAAAAGAAGCCCUCCUCUGCCUUCAAGGUUCCACUCUGCAACCUAUUUUUAG